AGUCAACAUAGCAGAAGCCAGAAGCACAUCAACGUUGGUAUCUUCUUCCAAAGUGCCGCAACGAACUUUUUUUCUUUGCCGCUUGGGAAGAAAUCUGUCCGCCUCAGUACCUCACCGGCGUCACCGCCUGGCGCCUGGUUCUCCAAUUUCUCGUGUCCGCCUCAGUACCUCACAGUGCCGCUUCACCGCUUGAUUCUCUCAGUUCUCUGCUUUGGCGGUUUGGCCGAAAUAAGAUGCUGACUGCCUGAUUCUCUAUUCACUAAUUCAGACAUUAAGUAUUCAAUAAUCUAUCAAGUAUUCAAGUCUGAACUGGCAGGGGCAACAACUCUCUCUUGAGCUCCAGUUGCGUAGAUCUCCGAUUUCAAGGAUCUCCAAUUGCGCAUAGUCCUUUGACGGGAGUGAAGCGCUCCUCUUUGUAUCAACACGUUCUUUUCUCCUACCUUCAUUCUGCCGCCAACUUCAUCCCGCCAUCAGCCUCUCUAUCGAUUGGAGCUUCAUUGCAACAUCAGGUUUCAGAUAAAUGGCUAACCAUGAGGAAGAGUUAGUUAAUGCGACAAUUGGAAUACUCGUUACUUGGUUUGUAACUAUGAUUGCCACAUAUUGGAUGUUGAUGGAGGAUGGCAUGUUUGAUGACUCUGAUAAUAGUGAUCUUGAAAUUCAUCAAGAAUCUGAGGAAGUUAAAAUUGUGGUUAGAGAAGUCAUGACAAAUAGAGUGAUAUGUCGAGAUAUGAUUCGUAUGAGUCCAGAGGCUUUUUAUGAGUUCUGUGAGCUCUUGGGAAAACAUGGGGGUUUGCGAUCAACUCGAUGGGUUAAUGUUGAAGAACAGGUUGCUAUGUUUUUAUACACCGUGGGACAUGCUGCUACAAAUUGGCAGAUACAAAAACUUUUUGGUAGGUCUGGAGAAGUUAUCAGUCGUCAUUUUCACAAUAUGUUAUGAACUGUCAUAGAACUAGAAGAUAAAUUUAUUAGACAACCAAAUGGAUUGUCGACACCAGCGGAGAUCCGGAAUGAUCCAAAGUUCUACCCCUACUUCAAGGAUUGCGUGGGAGCAAUUGAUGGAACUCAUGUGCGAGUUAAAGUCCCUGCUGAAGAUGCUCCUAGGUAUCGUGGAAGAAAAGAUUAUACCACACAAAAUGUUUUAGCAGCAUGCACCUUUGACUUAAAAUUUACAUAUGUCGUAGCUGGCAGGGAAGGAACGGCAUCUGACUCACGAAUUUUAAAAAGUUCGUUGAAGCGAUCAUGUCCAUUAAAAUUUCCACGAGGUAAGUUCUAUCUUGGUGAUGCUGGUUUUGGCGUGAUGGGUGGCUUGAUUCCACCGUAUAGAGGGGAGAGAUACCAUUUGAAAGAGUAUUCACGUAACCCACCGAAGACUAUGCGUGAGCUAUUUAAUUUGCGACACUCAACGCUCAGAAAUGCUAUUGAGAGAGCAUUUGGGGUCUUAAAAAAGAGAUUUCCGAUUAUGGCUAGCGCAGAUGAACCAAAUUUUGAUGUUAGGAUGCACACACGGAUCAUAUUAGCGUGCUGUAUUUUACAUAAUUUUCUUAUGGGCGUCGAUCCCGAUGAAGUUAUACUCAGAGAAGUGGAUGAAGAACUUGCCAACAGAACUGAUGCUGAACAUGAAAACCAAGCAGAUGAUGUUAAUGAAGAAGAUGACGUUGCAAGGGGACAAGUUGUUAGGGAUCGUAUCGGAAAUGCGAUGUGGCGGGAUUACACCACUUAGGUGUUUGUGAAUUGUAUUAAAUUUGUUAGACUUAUUUGAUCUCUAGAAUACAUUAGUUAUUAAAACUCCGAAUUUGUUUUUCAGUUUAUUUGUUUGCCCAUGGCUCUUGUAUGAAUUGCCUCCUUGUUCUACAACACAAGAUUAAAACAGUUUAUAUUAAUAUUGAAUUAUUAUCAAUGUAAC